AGUUUGACGCUAGCGAAAACGAGGCUGAAGUUAAAAUCAGCUGAUAGAGGCAACAGCCAAGCUUUGCUGAAGCCAGCGAGAGCAGAAGAGCCAUCUUCCCGACCAGGGAGAGUGGAAGAGUGGGGGACUGUUGAGACAAUUUGGAGGGACCCCGGUGUCGUUCGAAGGCUCGAAGACACAACGUGGGAACGGUAGGACUACCGGUGUCAGUAGGGAAGAAGGGUCUUUUUUUUUUCAGUAUUCGGACUCGGAGUCAUCGGGAACCAGUGGGGCUCGAGCGAAGAAGCUUUUAAAAAAAUAUAAAUACAAAGGCAAAUAAAUUCGAGUCAAGUCUAUUAGCUAAUAGAGUAGAUGUGCAAUCCAACAAAUAUAAAACUAACCGUGCACCACUUACCGAAGACCGUUGCUCGAAAAUAGUAUGUAUUCAGUCAAGUUUGACGGAUGUGUAGGUCUUUAAAGGUGUCAAGGUAAACAAACACCAAAGCCCCUGUUGGAGCGGGUGCUGCUUUAGCUAGCUAGCUAGCUAGGGCUUUGAGACAUGGAUUAGGACCAAGGGUAUCCUGCCAGAGACAGUGUUUGAAAGAAUAUUAGCCAAUUUUUACGAUGUUGGCCACAAAUUAGAACUCCUAGCUACUACAAUUGUGAAUAAUGACAAUCGAGACUCUUGUAUUUUUUAGAUGUUAGCUAGCUGAUUUAGCAACCUAUUCUUGUUGGCCAGUGUUCGCUUACUACUGUAGUUAGCUGGCUAGUUAGCAUUAGCAGAUAGUUUAGCUAGUUGGCAGUUUAGCUAGUUGGCUAAUGCUAGCUAUUAGCAAGCUAUCAGCUCCUCACUCACUACUCAAGCUUGUCUGUCAAAGAAAGCUACCGUCUCUCAUUCUAUCUGGAUUUCACUUGUUAUUUUAUUCACGUUCUAUCCACAGGGGAAAUGAAAUAGGCCUGCUAGGUUGUAUUGCUUGCAAGCUUUUGGAACAUUAUGUUCGGUUGUCUCGAGAAGGGCAGUGUGUAGCACAGCUGAUUCAUCGAGGUUGGAAAUGGAGGAAAACAAGUUACGUUUAUGUAGAUUUAAUUUUAAAGUAAAGUACAAUAGCUGACGUCAAUAUUUAUUUGGACAAGUUGGGUUAAUCGUAGCCAAUGUAGAAAGUGUUAAAUUAAAAUUAGUUAGAUAAGAACCCUAUCAAUAUGUGUCUAUGGGCGACUUGUAAGUGAGUGGGGGUCGUCUCCCUCGAAGUACUGUCCACUCAACUAGACAGUCAAGCAGAAACAGUCCAACUUGAAACUGUGUGGUGGUAGUGGACAGAAACUAAAUUGUUACCGGACUAGGAUCAACUUUCUCAGACGACAUGGAUAUACGGUGUCUCAGAUAAGUUAUCACCCUAAAUGGCAAGGCCUUGGUAAGAAAGAUGAGGAAAAAGGUCAGUGAGUGACCUAGUUGUGCCUCUCUUUUCCAGAUAUACUGAAUACUAAUGUGGUACAAUUUGUGACAAAGUAUUUUUCCCCCUACUGUUUAGAAUGGAUAUUAUUGUUUUAUUGUGUAGCUCGCCAGCAAGACUACAGUGAGCUCUCAGCAGUGUUUUGGUUGUGUUGCGCUCACCCCUCCCCCAACUUUUACUGGAGACUUGUGGAAGUGUUCUUUCCUUCUGCUGCCUGUCAGUGGUGGGCCACUCUCACCCUUUUUAUUUUUUUUAAUCCUUUGAUGGAAGGCCUUGGCUAUUGUACAGUCCACUUGAAUCCUGUGUUAUAUAGUCUACAGUGGAUGUAAUGGAACUAAUGUUCGCCGAGUGGGAAGACGGAGAAAGGUUCUCCUUCGAAGAUUCUGACCGGUUCGAGGAGGACUCGCUCUGCUCCUUCAUAUCAGAAGCUGAGAGUCUGUGUCAGAACUGGAGGGGAUGGAGAAAACAGUCUGGUGGACCAAAUUCUCCUACAGUUAAGAUUAAAGAUGGUCAGGUCAUCCCUCUGGUGGAGCUUUCAGCCAAGCAGGUGGCAUUCCAUAUCCCGUUUGAGGUGGUGGAGAAGGUCUAUCCUCCUGUCCCUGAGCAGCUGCAGCUACGCAUCGCCUACUGGAGCUUCCCUGAGAACGAGGAGGACAUCCGGCUGUACUCGUGUCUGGCCAACGGCAGCCCAGAUGAGUUCCAGCGAGGGGAGCAGCUGUACCGGAUGAGGGCUGUUAAAGACCCUCUGCAGAUAGGUUUCCACCUCAGUGCCACUGUGGUAUCGCCCCAGACUGGCCAAUCAAAAGGGGCAUACAAUGUGGCUGUCAUGUUUGAUCGCUGCCGCAUUACCUCCUGCAGUUGCACCUGCGGGGCUGGGGCCAAGUGGUGCGCCCACGUGGUGGCCCUCUGCCUCUUCAGGAUCCACAACGCGUCUGCAGUGUGCCUGCGAGCCCCCGUUUCAGAGUCCCUGUCCCGGCUGCAGAGGGACCAGCUGCAGAAGUUUGCCCAGUACCUAAUCAGCGAGCUUCCCCAACAGAUUUUGCCCACAGCCCAGAGGCUCCUGGAUGAGCUCCUGUCCUCCCAGUCCACAGCCAUCAACACAGUGUGUGGGGCUCCAGACCCCACUGCUGGCCCCUCGGCCUCUGACCAGAGCACUUGGUAUCUAGAUGAGUCCACGCUCAGUGACAACAUCAAGAAGACGCUGCACAAGUUCUGUGGCCCCUCUCCUGUGGUCUUCAGUGACGUCAACUCCAUGUACCUGUCAUCCACGGAGCCACCGGCUGCGGCAGAGUGGGCAUGUCUGCUGAGACCUCUGAGGGGGCGGGAGCCUGAGGGGAUCUGGAACCUCCUGUCUAUCGUCAGGGAGAUGUUCAAGAGGAGGGACAGCAACGCUGCACCUCUACUAGAGAUCCUCACUGAGCAGUGUCUCACUUAUGAACAGAUUAUUGGCUGGUGGUACAGCGUGCGUACGUCGGCGUCCCACAGCAGUGCCAGCGGGCACACGGGGCGCAGUAACGGGCAGUCGGAGGUGGCAGCCCACGCCUGCGCCAGCAUGUGUGAUGACAUGGUGGUUCUGUGGAGGCUGGCUGUGCUAGACCCUACCAUGAGCCCUCAGAGGCGUUUGGAGCUGGCCUCCCAGCUCAAGCAGUGGCAUCUGAAAGUGAUUGAGAUUGUGAAGCGAGGGCAACAUCGCAAGUCCCUGGACAAACUGUUCCAGGGCUUCAAGCCAGCCGUGGAGUCCUGCUACUUUAACUGGGAGGUGGCCUACCCACUGCCAGGCAUCACCUACUGCAGUGCUGACAAGAAGAGCGCCUCCUUCUGCUGGGCCAGGGCAGUGCAGCAGCAGAGAGGGGCCAAGGCUGGCCUGGCUGGAGACACCUCUGAACUUGGAGGAGGAGGAGGGAGAUCUGGCAGCUCUGAGGGAGGUGGGGGAGACUACAAGGGCAGAACUCCCCAACAAGAAGUGGCUGUCAGGCCCAAAGAGACCAUUGUGAGCAAGAGGAAGGGGUUGUCGGCCGGGGGCGGAGGAGGGGUCCUAGUGCGGCUAGGGGGCAGUGUCUGUCUUUCUCUAGAGGAGGGCAGUAGUAAGGGGAUGUACAAAGGCGCAGGUUCCUCCUCGUCCAUUGGGGGCAAGGCUAAGCUGGCCCAGGGGGGGAAGUCGUCCUCCGGGGGAUCAGGAGGGGUAGGGGGAAAACACCAAGCGGCCAAGCGGCGCACCAGCAGUGAGGACAGCUCCCUGGAGCCUGACAUGGCCGAGCUGAGCCUGGAUGAUGGCUCCAGUCUGGCGCUGGGCGCCGAGGCCAGUAACACCUUUGACUUCACACCCCCGCCACCCGAGAUGCUACCCUCACCAAGCCCGCUACUCAGAGAGCCACACAAAUACAGUGGGGGAGGGAAAGGGGCCGGAAACAUGCCCAAGGAGCGCUCCUUCGAGGUCAAACGUGUCACUCUUGCUGCCACCCUGCCUGCCACUGAGUCCCAGCCCGCCUUCCCCCUCAAGGAGAACGCCGCUGUCGUCGUGGAAGCGGCUGUUGCCUUGGAGAAGGAGGUGGAAGUAGAGAUGGAGGUGAAUGGAAAUAAGGAGGUGGCCCCCGCUGGAGACGCUCGGCUCUCCACCUCAGUCGCUGUUGUUACCGUGACUGCUGCUGCCGCCAAGCCACCGCGGGGUGGGCGCCGAGAAACUGGAGCUGGAGCCGUAGCCCUGCCCAAUCAGAGCCCAGGGGCAGGGGGAGACCCUGUUGGAGAGGAUGACUACCGGGCCUACUACCUAAAUGCAGCCUCUGAGGAGGGGGCAGAGAGAGUGCCAGAGAACAACCAUGAGGAGGAACCAGACAUCUUUGCUGGGAUCAAGCCACUGGAGCAGGAGGGCCAGAUGGAGGUGCUGUUUGCAUGUGCAGAGGCCCUCCACGCCCAUGGCUACAGCAACGAGGCCUGCAGACUGGCAGUGGAGCUGGCUGGAGACCUGCUGGCCAACCCUCCAGACCUGAAGGUGGAGCAGCCCCAGACGAAGGGUAAGAAGAGCAAGGUGUCCACCAGCAGGCAGACCCAGGUGGCCACCAACACCCUGGUCAAGACCUCCUUCCUGCUGACGGUGCUGAGCGAGAGGCUGGAGCUCCACAACCUGGCCUUCAGCACGGGCAUGUUCUCCCUGGAGCUGCAGAGGCCCCCAGCCUCCACCAAGGCCCUGGAGGUCAAGCUGGCCUACCAGGAGUCAGAGGUGGUGGCUCUGCUGAAGAAGAUCCCUCUGGGCCUGGUGGAGAUGACGUCCAUACGGGACAGGGCCGAGCAGCUCCGAGACGGGAACUUCUGUGACUACAGGCCUGUCCUGCCCCUCAUGCUGGCCAGCUUCAUAUUUGAUGUGCUGUGUACCCCAGUUUGUACAGUUGUCUCCCCCACAGGUUCCCGUCCUCCCAGCCGUAACCGGAACAACGAGAUGCCUGGAGACGAGGAGCUGGGCUUUGAGGCUGCUGUCGCAGCACUGGGUAUGAAGACCACAGUGAGCGAGGCAGAGCACCCUCUGCUGUGUGAGGGGACCAGGAGAGAGAAAGGAGACUUGGCUCUGGCUCUUAUGAUCACAUACAAGGAUGACCAGAGCAAGCUGAAAAAGAUCCUGGACAAGCUGCUGGACAGAGAGAGCCAGACCCACAAGCCCCAAACCCUGAGUUCCUUCUACUCCAGCAAGCCAGCUGCCAGCAGCCAGAGGAGCCCGUCCAAGCACGCUGCCCACAAUGCUCACGGACACGGAGGUGCCACCGGAGGGGUGUCCAAACACGCCCCAAACGCCACGGCUGCAGCUGGGUCCUCCUCUGUGCAAGUGGUGGCUGCUGGUGGGGCAGCAGGACAACUGGCGGGCAGUGGGGUGCAGAACAACGCCACACCCGGAGAGGGCGUCAGUGAGGCCAGAGAACAAGCAGAUGGCGCCCAGCCUGUGUCAUGUGACCAGCCGAGUGAGGCGGUCCCAUUCAAGCCCGAGGGCACUGUGCCUAGUCGCUUGGCGCUGGGAGGACGGGGGGCAUACAGCGGGCGCUGCUGGGGCUCUCCUGUCCGCCAGAAGAAGAAACACACAGGCAUGGCGAGUAUCGACAGCAGUGCUCCUGAGACCACCUCAGACAGCUCCCCCACCCUCAGCCGACGUCCACUCAGAGGGGGCUGGGCUGCGGCCUCCUGGGGGAGGGGCCAGGACAGUGACAGCAUCAGCAGCUCUUCCUCUGAUUCGCUGGGCUCCUCCUCAUCCAGUGGCUCUCGCAGGGCCGGAGGGGGAGCUAGGGCAAAGAGCACAGACACCAGCAGGUAUAAAGGGCGUCGUCCUGAGUGCCAUGCACCACAUGUGCCCAACCAGCCAUCGGAGGCGGCGGCUCACUUCUACUUUGAGCUGGCCAAGACGGUGCUGAUCAAGGCCGGGGGCAACAGCUCCACCUCCAUCUUCACCCAGCCCUCAGCCAGCGGGGGCCACCAGGGUCCCCACCGCAACUUGCACCUCUGUGCCUUCGAGAUUGGCCUGUACGCCCUGGGCCUGCACAACUUUGUCUCGCCCAACUGGCUAUCCAGGACCUACUCCUCCCACGUCUCCUGGAUCACAGGCCAGGCCAUGGAGAUUGGCAGUGCUGCCCUCAACAUCCUGGUGGAAUGCUGGGACGGGCACCUCACCCCUCCCGAGGUGGCAUCACUGGCAGACAGGGCAUCACGGGCGCGGGACCCCAACAUGGUUCGCGCUGCGGCCGAGCUGGCCCUGAGCUGCCUGCCCCAUGCACACGCCCUCAACCCCAAUGAGAUCCAGAGGGCCCUGGUGCAGUGCAAGGAACAGGUACAUGUCCGGUACUCUUCAGUUCUGCAGAAGACACAUCGGACUACUCAUGACAAUCUGAUGCUAGAGAAAGCCUGUAUGGCUGUAGAGGAGGCAGCCAAGGGGGGCGGUGUGUACCCUGAGGUUCUGUUUGAGGUGGCCCACCAGUGGUACUGGCUCUAUGAGCAGACAGUAGGAGGGGGCUCAGGGGCCCAGCGCGAGGGCCCGGGACGCUGCAGGGCCAACGGUGGAGCUGGGAGAAGGCCCCCGGAGACUGGUCACGGUGUGACGGACAACAGUGGCAACAUGGAGUCCUCUGGUGUUGCCACAGUUACUGCCUCUGUGACAGCAGCGGCUGUGGUGCCCGUCAUCUCUGUGGGCUCCACCAUCUACCAAUCACACGCCCUUCCUGGCUCUGCCAUGGCCCACCCCCACUCCCAGGGCCUGCAUCCCUACACUACCAUCCAGGCCCACCUGCCCACUGUCUGCACCCCCCAGUACCUGGGGCACCCGCUGCAGCAUGUCCCCCGGCCCACUGUGUUCCCCUUGUCAGGGGGUGCGUACCCACAGUGUGUAUGUGUGCCCUCCCAGGGAAUGCACCCGGCCUUUAUCGGUGCCCAGUACCCGUUCUCAGUGGCCACCGGCCCCCAUCCGCCCAUGGCAGCAACUGCGGUCACCUUCCCUGGUAUUCCCGUGCCGUCCAUGACCCAGAUCGCCGUCCACCCUUACCACACUGAGACCGGCCUGCCUCUGAGCACCACUGUAGCAGGAGCCACGACUUUUUCCUCUUUCUAUCCAGUAGGUGGCGUCCAUUCAGGCGCCACAAUCCAGGCCAUUCAGGGGUCAUCUCUUCCUGGUAUGUCUUCCCAGCCCGUCUCAUUGGUCAGCGCCCCCUUCCCGUCUGAAGACGAGCAGCAUAGCCAGCCAAUCAGCCAGCAGGGUCUUCACUACCUGCACUCAGCCUACAGAGUUGGCAUGCUGGCUUUGGAGAUGCUUGGAAGGAGGGCUCACAACGACCACCCCAAUAACUUCUCCCGCAGCCCCCCAUACACGGAGGAUGUCAAGUGGCUCCUGGGCCUGGCUGCACGGCUAGGUGUGAACUACGUGUACCAGUUCUGUGUGGGUGCGGCUAAGGGUGUGCUCAGCCCCUUCGUCCUUCAGGAGAUCAUCAUGGAGGCUCUCCAGAGACUCAACCCCGCCCACAUCCAUGCCCACCUCCGCACGCCCGCCUUCCAUCAGCUUGUGCAGCGCUGCCAGCAGGCCUAUCUACAGUAUAUCCACCACCGGCUGAUCCACCUGACCCCGGCCGACUACGACGACUUUGUCAACAUCAUCCGCAGUGCCCGCGGGGCCUUCUGUUUGACCCCUGUGGGAAUGAUGCAGUUCAACGACGUGCUUCAGAACCUGAAGAGGGGCAAGCAGACCAAGGAGCUGUGGCAGCGCAUCUCUCUGGAGAUGGCCACCUUCUCCCCAUGACUGUGAGGGCAGUGGGAGUGGGAGAGGAACGACGCUCCCACCCCACAAACCCACAGCCCUGUCGAGCUCUGGCUCUCUCCAUCGACAUUUGGCUCUGCCUCGAAUGCUCUCCCCAUCCGCCUCCCUGGCCUCUCCUUCACCUGACCUGACGUCAACCCUCCUUGUGUACCUUGAUGUACAUACCCUACACAGCACACAGGCAGCACAAUCAACCUCCAUUCCCCACCCUUUUAGAUGUCAUAACUGUGUGAGACGCAGAGCUUUGUGGAAAGCUGAAAGGGAAUCAGCUUAUGUUGUGUUCUGUUUCUGUUCGUGACUGAAUUGCGUUUCCCAUUGUCAUGAUUCAUGUCUCUGUGUAACUUCCUGUAACAUAUAUUCCCCCUCAUCCUCCCAACUUUCCUUCCAGAAGCAGUCACGAAGGAGUACUUUUUGGUUGCUUGGGGCAUAUAAGUUGUCAUUUAUUUUGUUGUUGGUUGGUUAUUUUAUUGAAACCACUGAGUAAGUCAGAUUCAUACUGCAACAUUCCACUGUCCUGGGGGGAGUUAGCCUCCACCAGUCACUACGGAUCUGAAUUUUGGGUAUUCUGACAGUGUUUAAACAAGAAAGUUAAAAAAAAUUGACAAAAAACAGUUUGUUGAAAUAAUAAAAUGAAAAGAAAUGUAAUAUGAAAAUAGUAACCUGAGUACGGGUCAGGAUUCUUUUAGUGUUUUGUUUUAUCUUUUUGAUAUUUUGAAUGAUGUGUAUGCAGAGAGGAAUUUUGAGAAUGAGAGAGUGUAACGUGAGUGUUGUGUGGGUUCCCUUUUCCGAUUCAGCGGUUUGAGGUUUUGGGUCUGGGAACACGGGUGUCUGGCUGGACCAUACUCAUUGGCCCUUUUUGAGUGGGUCAAGAGUGCAAGUGGAUGGCCUUUUGCAAAUCUCAAGUACAAUCAUCCAAUCAAAUAUCAGGAUCACAUAAAGGAUGAGUGGACAUGCUAUUUACAUGCCCUACACAUCUAGAAUCAUAAAAGUGCUAUGCUCAGAAAGGCUUAUAUGCAGACUGGGUUUCCAGGUUACAUCCAUCAGCUGUUACUGUGGAAUUCAUGUCCACUGUCCAUUGAUGUUCUAUAGGGGACGUUGCCAGAUCCCUGUGUUCCAAACCUGCACCUCCAACCCUGCUCUGGAGCUCACGGGUGAUGUGACUUAGUAGAAAAUGUACUGUGAUAUUUUUGUAUUCCUCAGUGUAGCUUGGUUGGGGAAAAAAAAAAGUAUAUAUAUAAAUUGUGCUGAUUGCAAGAGGUUGUAAUUUAGAAUAAAAGAAAAAAGGACAUAAAGCAAUACUGAAAUGUAGAGUUUACUUAAUAAAGGUUAUUCAAAACACA